UCGGGAUUGUUCACGUAUCUCUGCUAUCUACCCCGUGAGACGAUAAGGCGAGAGAGCUUUUACCUGUCCGUCAUAAUGGUGUGAUAGGGUGUCAGUGCGUCCAAGUCCCCCGCGGCGGACAGGUGUGCACGUGGCGGUUCCCCCGUGCCUUCGUCACCGGAACUCGCUCGGCCAGCUUCCAUUUAUCAGUCUCAUUUCCACAACAAACACCGGCCGGAUAGUUUUCCGUGUUUGUGUCAGUGCGGCUUUGUUCCUCGUGGCGGGUGGAGGUUGGGUUACACGUGGCGGCUGGUGGGGCUGACGGUGUGACGUGAGGCGCCUCGUGGUCCGGCGGAACAGGAACGUGUUUUGGCGUUUCGUCCCGACGUGGGAGCGGCCGCUGAAGGGGCGAUGUGUUGAGGGUGAGCCGAGUCGUGUUAAACGUGUGUGCUUUCAGUGUGUUGCCGAUUUCUAAGUAGGCCUAUCGCAAGCAGACGAGAUGGAACGUCACCGAAGCAAACCGAUGUAUCCGGAAGAGGAGACCACAGAAGACGAGGAGGAGGAAGAGGAAGAGUAUCUGCCGGAGGAGGAGCUGGUAGCUCGAGUUCGCACCAAGAGGGUCAGGUGCUGUGUUUGCCAGAGCGACGACGAGCACGAGGUGGAGCACGCGUUCGGCGAGGCGAGCGACCUGAUGGGCACAGCAGCACCCAGCAGGAGGAACAGGAGGUGCUGCUGCUGCUGUCGCUGGCGCUGUCUGCUGAUAAUGAUGAUGCUGAGUCUGCUGACCUUGCUGGCGCUGUGGGCGUGGUGGGAUAACGCCGUGCACAGCGCCGUCGUGGGCGCGUUGGUCAUGAAGGAAGGCUCUCAGAAGGACGGCGUGUGGAGGAAGUCGGAAAUCAGGGUUCUGUACAGCGUCCGAGUGUUCAACCUGACGAACCCGAAGCAGUUCAUGGCCGGCGAUCGGCCGAGGGUGCAGGAAAUCGGCCCUUAUGUAUACACCAUGAAGGAAGUAAAAGAAAAUGUGGUUUUCCAAGCGGACGGAACCGUGCGCUAUCAGGGCAGGCCACUUUACUUCUUCGAGCCGGAACUGUCCUCCGGGUCGGAAGACGACGUUGUUUUCACGGUCAACAUUCCCUUCGUCAACGCCGCCGACAUGGUGAAGGGCGACGGGACCGCCAAGACCUUCCUCAAAAUCAUCAAGAAAAUCCACGGGUUCGAGACGCUCAGGCAGCUCACCGUCGGGGAACUGCUUUGGGGUCACAAGUCGCGCUUCCUGGACUGGGCGAGGAGGCUGCAGGAGCUGCCUUACCCGCACCAGCUCUUCGGCCUCCUGACGGGCCUCAACAACACCUUGCAGCCGCCCUACGUCAUGCACACCGGGAAGGGCGACCCGAGCAAAAUGAACAAGAUAAUGGCGUGGAACAACCAUGAGCGUCUCGAUUUCUGGUUCGACGACGUCUGCAACAUAAUACGCGGGACGGAUGCCAAUGGCUUCGCUCCAGGCCUGUCCGUAAACGAUACCCUCUACAUAUUCAACGGGCAGCUGUGUCGCUCGAUUCCCCUGGUGUACAACAGUACCGUCCAGAGCGGCGCCCUCGAGGCCUACCGCUUCGUGCCGCCGGAGAACAUCUUCUCGUACGGGCGAGCAAACCCCGAGAACUCGUGCUAUUGCGGCCCUCAGGGAUGUCCUCCGAGGGGCGUCCUGGACAUGAAGCCCUGCUACUUCGGGGCUUCGGUGGGCUUCUCCUUCCCUCACUUCUACAACGGCGACCCGAAACUCCGUCACGUGGUCAGAGGCCUGAG